AAAAAGUAUGGCGGCCGGAAAUGAAGAAGAUUUUGGGGGCGAGUUGAAAAACUCAAAAUUGCCACCUGAAGACGGUGAUAUCACCGUGAAAAAGCCACAAGCAACUCAACAUGAACUUUUGAUAGACGAAAUAGAAUCACUUGAAGGACACUUAAGUAACACAUUACGGGCAGUAUACGAUGCUGAUGAUCCCCACAAGUUUAUGGAUCGUCUGGAUCUUCGGAUCAAGCAUCAUGACAAAGAAAUUGAGCGUAUGUGUAACUACCAUUACCAAGGCUUCAUUGAGUCCAUAAGGGAAUUACUUCAAGUCAGAACAGAUGCUGAAAGACUCAAGGAUGAAAUACAGUCACUUAAUAGCAAGCUCCAAAGCAGUGGAGAAGAAAUUGUACAGAAGGGUGAAGCGCUUAUCAAAGGACGUAAAACACAAAGAAACAUCGCAUCUGCCAUAGAAAGUCUAACUAUGUGUCUUCCAGUGCUAGAGACAUAUGGAAAACUGAAGGAACAAAUGAAGACAAAAAGGUACUACCCUGCACUCAAGACUUUAGAACAGUUAGAACACACCUAUCUCCCAAGGGUCUCCAAGUACAGAUUCUCACAAAUAAUGAGUGAGACGAUACCGCAUCUGAGAGAACGUAUCAAAGAUGCCUCAAUGUCCGACCUGAAAGAUUUCUUAGAGAACAUCAGGAAAUAUUCUGCAAGAAUAGGUGAAGUGGCUAUGAAGCAGGCGGCAGAAUUGAAUGGACUCGAUCCUGAACUAGCCAGAAUGAAGCGUAAAGGCCCCAUCAAGAAAUCAACCAAGCCAAAAGUGAUCAAAGUUAACGAAAAACCCAAAAUCCACCGCAGAUUAGAAAAAGAACCAGAGAACCCAUUUGAUGAACCAAAGGCAAAAGAUUCAAAGAAUCCAUUUGAUGAUGAUGACAAUGAUAGUGGGAAUCCCUUUGGAGAUGAUGACGAUGAUGAUGACAUGAACCCGUUUAAUGAUGACCUAAAUCCAUUUGCUGACAAAAUGAACCCAUUUGCUGACAAAACCAACCCAUUUGCGGACAAAACAAAUCCAUUUGCUGAAGAGAAUGGUUUGAAUGGAGCAGAGCCUGCACCAGAAAAGGUUGACUCGGAGGAAGAGUAUGAUGAAUUUGAAGAGGAAGUGAUAAGAAUUAGUCAGAUGGGAUAUGUUACAAGACAGGAGUUGAGUGCUCAAGACAUGGUUGAUUUUGCACCUGUGUAUAGAUGUCUCCACAUAUACCAAGUCCUGGCAUCUAAAGAAACAUUUGAGAAUUAUUACAGAAAACAAAGGAGGAAACAAGCAAGGCUCUCCCUUACUCCACCUCCAAACAUGCAUGAAACGUUAGAAGGAUAUAAGAAAUACUUCCAUGAUAUUAUAGGUUUUUUUGUGGUGGAAGAUCAUAUUAUGAACACAACCAGUGGUCUAGUCAACAGGGCAUACAUGGAUGAACUAUGGGACAUGGCCCUUGCCAAAAUUAUUGCAGUCUUAAGAACACAUUCAGCCUACUGCGUAGAUGUGAGUCUAAUGCUACAAAUCAAGCAGCUAAUUGUGCUCUUCUGUCACACACUAAGGGGCUAUGGGUUCACAGUGAGUCAACUCUAUGACCUACUAUUAGAGAUACGUGACCAGUACAAUGAAAUUCUGAACAAAAAAUGGAUAGAGAUUUUUGAUGAGAUCUUUACAGAGGAUAACUAUACCCCAAUUAUGGUUGAGACGUUAGAUGAAUACACAGACAUCUUAGAGAGGUAUCCAUUCAGGGAACAUGUGCCAUCUGCUGAACAAUUUCCGACUCAACUUCCUUUCUCAGAGAUGGUUCCAAAUGUCUAUGAACAAGUGAAGCACUUUAUACAUUCAUGCAUUAAAUUCUCUGAGGAUCUACAUCUAAGCCAUACAGAGAUAGAUGAUAUGGUACGGAAAUCUGCCAACAUUCUCCUCACUAGGACACUUAGUGGCUGUCUCUCAUCUCUUAUUCGCCAAAACCUCACUCUUUUGCAGUUAAUCCAAAUAUCAAUCAACAUGAACUACCUGGAGAAGUCAUGUGGUUGCCUGGAAGACUUUAUCUCAGAAAUUACUGGUGCUGAAAAAGACAGUAUACAUGUGGCUCGACUGCAGGGCACGAUGAUGUUCAAAGAUGCCAAAUCUGAAGCUGAAGGACAAAUAUAUAGAAUUAUUAAUACAAAAAUAGAUGAAUUUUUAGAACUUGCCAACUAUGACUGGAUGAUGGCUGAGUCUAAGGGGCGAGCUAGUGGCUACUUAAUGGAUCUCAUUGCCUAUCUACAGAGUACAUUUCUCUCAUUCACAAAUUUGCCAGGCAAGGUUGCACAGACAGCAUGUAUGUCAGCGUGUAAACACAUAGCUGGGCAACUUGUAGACUUCCUCAUGGAUGCUGAAGUGAAGGCAGUCUCAAUGGGUGCACUCCAGCAACUCAACCUAGACCUCAUGCAGUGUGAACAGUUUGCCUGCUCAGAGCCUGUGCCAGGAUUCAAUGAUGGUACCCUACAACUGGCUUUCCAAGACCUAAGACAGCUUUUAGAUCUGUUUACAUCUUGGGAUUGGUCAACAUAUUUAGCGGACUAUGGUCAAUCAUCGUGCAAAUAUAUCCGAGUACAACCAAGCACUGCGAUAGCCCUGCUAGAGAAAAUGAAAGAUGCGGACAAAAAGAAAAAUCUUUUUGCAUCGUUAAAGAAAAACGAGAGAGACAAGAAAAAGCUUUUAGAUACUGUUCUAAAACAACUACGUGGUUUAAUGAAUGGUGCUACAUGAUUGAGUACAGUGUUUAGAAUUAUCCUCCGUAUAUAUAUACUCGGCUAGUCGUCCAAUAUGGUUAUCUUCAUGAAGGUUUAACCUGCCGAGUAAAUGAACAAUCAGUGAAUAUAACAUAUAAAAUGGGACAAUCGCGUGAUACUGCCGUCAGAACAAGAAAACGAAGAAUGGAAGUGUGUAUCAUGUGUAUUGUAUAUACAUAUUGGCUUAACUUUUGCAUAACCAGUGUUGAAUUAUUUUGUCUGCCCAGAUGUAUAUGUCUUCAAUAAAUUAUUUAUGGUUAUUAGUGGUGUUAAGAUUGACUAUUGUAUUACAACUUACCAAGCUAAAUACAAUUUGCCUGGAUUGGAUCUGGUUUUAAUUAUUCAGUAUGGGUUAUAUGUGAUUUAUGGAAUGACUAGCCAUAAAUGUAUAUGCAUCCUGACUAGACUCACUUAUGAUAAUUAAUUUUUAUUGUACCUAAAAAGACAUGGCAUUGUGGUCAGCUUAAUAGGCAGGUAUGUGGGCAGGAAAAUGGCAUCAGUAUAUUUUUAGCCAAACCACUCAAUCGAGUGAUUUAGGCAUUGUCAGGGAUGUUUCUUGAUGAAUAGCCUAAAAUUCAUGAGUUUUUGGGCAGGCUGUGUAAAUUCUAAGAUAACCCUUUCAAAUUCUAUAUACUAUUUAGAUACUAAUUGUCCAAAUUGUGCUUUGUUUCGAUUUAGUCGACUAAGUAAAGCAUAUUUGCAUUAUUUGAUACUACAGUCAAGUGAGAUUUUAUGCUGUAAAAUACUCUAUUGUACAUCCAUAUUGAAUUCAAUGGCAAAAAAACAUGUAUAAAAAUAAUUUGAUAGCACUGGAAUUCCUCUUCUUGUGCACUCUAUGGCAUCAAAAAUAAAGGUUUAUAGAAUUAUCAGUGGAUACUCAAUCAAGUUUUAAUAAUCAAUUGUGAAAGUGGCAAAGAAACAUUGAAAAUUGUGAAAUUUGGAGCUUAACCUCUUGAAUCCCAAGUUCU